CAGCCUUCGCUAUGGAUGGCUUGAAUGUCUCCAUUGCUUUUUUCUUCCUGGUUUUUGGGCUGUGCCAGGUGCUCAGGUGGCUUUCCAAGAGGCUUCUGUCCCCUGGGACGCAUGGCUGCCUUGCCAGGGAAUUUGCUGGCUCCUUCCAGCUGUGCACGAGCUGCCUGGAGCUGAGGAUGCUGAUGGACAUCGGCCCCUGGGGUGGUGGCUUUGGCCUGGACGUGCUCCUGACCCUCCUCUUCCUCCUCUCCGCUGUCCAUGGCGCCUCUUUGGACGGAGCAUCCGCCAGCCCGACCGUGUCCCUGCAGGAGUUCCUGCUCCUGGAGUCCAGCCUGGCAGCCACGGCGGCCAAGCUGCUGGCCCAGGGUGGGGGUGCAGGGACGGGCUGGGCUCUCACCCGGCUCUACUGGUCCUGGGAGCUGAGCCAGCUGCACUUCAUCCAGAGCCUGAUCGCGCCUGAGUGCAGCUCCUCCAUCCGCGCCUCCCUGCCCCACGCUGCCUUCGUGGAGGGCCCCUGCUCCUUCCUGUUCCACCUUGUCCUCCUCAAGGUGCGACAGAGUCACCUCCUGUACCGGGUCCCUGCGCUGGCAGCCACUGUCACCUUUCUGACCUAUGCAGGACUGGAGAGGUAG